AUGGAAUUAAAAAUUCAACAUAAUCUUGAUCUUAUUGGAAAACUUCCAUCUAAAAUAUGUAAUAGAUGUACAUUGGCUUUAACGGUUAUUCAUUGGAUUGCUCUUGCUCAAUAUAAUCGUAAUGAUGUAAUGAAAUGUAUACAUAAACAAGAAUAUAUUGAAGAAAUGGCAAAAAUUUUCUAUGAACAAUGGCAAAAUACUUAUCAUGCAUUUGGAUUAUACAAUUUAGAAGAUGUUAUACGAGAUAUUAAAGAUAAUCAUGCUUGUAAUUAUGAUCAGUUACCAAUAUUAGCGAUUGCAUUAGAUAAUAAUAAUCAAAAUUUAGCUGCAACAGCUGGAUUAGAAAAGUGUGAUGUACCUGCAGGUAAUCCCUAUUACAACACAACACCAUGGAUGGCCUGCGUUUAUACAAAACCAGAAUAUCGUGGCGAAGGUGUAGCAACAUAUAUGAUUAAUAAGAUUCUCGCGGUAGCAAAACAACUAAAUUAUACUCAUGUGUGGCUAUGGACGGAAAAUGCAACUAGCUUGUACGAAAAACUGGGAUUUCAUAUAGUAGAAAAAAUAAAACAUAUUGGAAUGGAUAUUACGAUUAUGAGAAUUGAUUUUGAUACAUCAGCUUAUUAA